CCCUUCUGACUGCACUCACACAAUCCCAAGAAGCGGCACCCGCUUAGUAUUGUUGUUUACUUCCUUUCACCCCCUUUACCCCUGAGAUGCAUAUAACUUGCAGUGCCAUUACAACAAGGAUAGGCACACUAUUCCCUCGAUAGUCUGGUCCUCACUCACAAACACACUUUGCUCGCUGUGCAGCAGGACAUUCGCUUUCCUCAAUCUUUACCUGCUUUUCCAACUAGUACCUUCGUUUCAACUGACACAUCACUUACUACAUCCUACGUACCAUGCAUCAACGCUCGUUCAAACACGGCACCACCAGCACCAAGACAGCCCUCUUGGGACUGUUGAUGGCUGCGCCAGGGGUCUGGGUGCAAGCUGCUCCUGGCGUUAGUCUUGAUGCUGUAGUGGCCACCAACAAGCUCGAGACCAAGAGCCUCGAUAGUUCUUCCAUCAUUGCCAACAAGCCAAAUGAUGGUGACGACGGGGAUGACCCCUGGUUGAUGCCAGCCAACAAGUUCUACGACAACUACCUGGACAACUACUGGGCAAACCGCAACCAGUCUUCUGUGCAUGGGCGGUCGUCGCUGGCGGGUAUGGCGCACAGGAAGAGGACUGUGCCGAAGUAUGAUUCUGCCCUCUACUGCGGCGUCUUCGCCACCGGCUACAAAGAGGACAUCUCCGCUCUCCUCUGGGACUUCCACACCAAAAAUAACAUCAUCCACUACAUCGUCGGCUGGCGCGAGUGUCGGCGCGUCGCAUGCAAGAACACCAGUGGUAUCUACAUCUGCAACGACACCACCCAAACCGUGCGCGUGACGGGGGAGCGCAUCUAUACUCUGGGCAAAAUCCCCAGCGACAAUUGCUGCCACCAGGGACCGCCGGAAAACCCGACCAAGAAAGUCGGACAUGGGAUGAGCGGCCAAAAGUUCACGGGGACCGGGUUCAAUGUCAUUGUGGCGUAUGCGAAUUGCAACAAGGGCGAGUGGGACUAUCGACCGCAGAUGGGCCCGGCGGAUAAUCCGUGGGGACCGAAUCUGGAGUGUUAUACGGAGUUUUAUGGGAUGAGUCCGUCUCCGACGAAUGGGGAUGUGGUGACCAAGAGGGGGACGACGGAACUGAAAGAGAGGAAGUGGGAGUUGGUGGAUGAUGGGACGGGGGUGAUGGAUUUGGUGGAGAGGGAGAAUACUCCUGUCAAGGAGAAUGAAGUAGGUGGGGAUGCGGAUGUGGUGAAGCUGGAGGAGUGGGAGAUGACCAAGAGGGAGGAGAAGGCAGGGAAGAGGUUUGAGGCUUGAGGCUUGAUGGGAAGAAUGUAAACCAAAGUGUAAAGGGGGGUGUUUUGAUUCUUUCGUUGUGUAAACUUGUGAGAGGUCGUUACGAGAAGGCGUCUGUACGAUAUGGUGGCCUGUUUUUUUCCGGGGAAGCACGGGGAUAUGAGGGUACCGUCGUUUGGCCAUUUCCGAUACCACUUGAAUCUCAGUUUCCUAUUCUUCCACUCUCGGGGUGUCCCGCAUGAACUGAUCUGAUCAGAUUAGUUCUCUUCUGUACUGUAUCCAGUCAAAAUGGGUCUCAACACUGCUCGUUCCUGGAUGUCCAUCCUUUGGGGAAGGUGAAGGUAACAUGGGGUGACUACCUAGGUAGGUACCUUUAUGUUAUCGUCGGUGCCUACCACACGUU